GAGUUAUACAACAAAUUUAGAUUUUGCUAACCUGUGCACUGAUGACUAUGCUAUGGAAACGCAUCGUUAAGAAAGAUUUUCAACACACACAUGUGUCAUUUCCUUUCUUCAUGUAAUAGACGCUGAAAUACUAUGAGAUAAAGGUUUUAGGUUUCAAUUGUAAAGAGAGGGAAGUGGAUAAAUCAGCGCUGUUUCUUUAGGAGCAGAGAAGAAUGGAACAGGGGGAACCCUUUCCUGAUCAACAGGAAGACAGCGAUAGCUGCUCGGAAUCUGUGAAAUUUGAUGCACGUUCAAUGACAGCCUUGCUUCCUCUGAAUCCUAAAAAUGGCCCUACCAUUCAGGAGAAAUUGAAGUUCUUCAAAGCUGCAUUGAUUGCCCUUUACCUCCUUGUGUUUGCAGUUCUCAUACCUAUUAUUGGAAUAGUGGCAGCUCAACUUCUGAAGUGGGAAACGAAGACCUGCAUGGUGGGUUCAGUGAAUGAAAAUGGCAUAUCUCACAGUCUCCCAGGAAGAGGAAAUAACAGUGAAGAAGUGAUAAGUUUUCAAGAUGCAGAAGCCAAUCCCAUAGAUUCAGAGCAGUUCCCAAAUUUUAGUGUGACAACUGAUCAAAGAUUGAGUGAUGUUCUUCUCCAGCUCGGAGGCUUGGUUUCGUCUGUCCGGGAACAUGGGAAUGCGCUGGAUGAUCUCUCCCAGUCCCUGACGGCCCUGAACAUCACACUGCUGGGUGUGCAGCUCAGGAUGGAAAAGCUGAAUGACAAAAUCCAAGAGAACAUGAUUAAACAACAAGAGGAAAUCGGCAAAUUAGAGGAGCGUGUGUACAAUGCAUCAGCAGAAAUUACAUCAAUGAAGGAAGAACAAGGGCAUUUGGAGAAGGAGAUAAAAGGGGAAGUGACCGUAUUGAAUAACAUCACGAAUGACCUCAGACUGAAAGAUUGGGAACAUUCACAGACAUUGAAAAAUAUCACUUUCAUUCAAGGUCCUCCUGGACCUCCAGGUGAAAAAGGAGAUAAAGGUCCUCCUGGAGAAACUGGUCCACAAGGCGUUCCAGGUGCAAGAGGUCCUCCAGGUCUCAAAGGUGAUCGAGGAGCAAUUGGUUUUCCUGGAAGUCGAGGGUACCCAGGAUCAACCGGCCGGCCAGGAAAUUCUGGACAAAAAGGCCAGAAGGGGGAAAAGGGGAGUGGAAGCACCUCAAUGUUAUCUAGGACGAUCCGACUGGUUGGUGGCCGUGGCCCUCAUGAGGGUAGAGUGGAGAUACUCCACAAUGGCCAGUGGGGUACCAUCUGUGAUGAUCGCUGGGAACUACGGGUGGGACAGGUCGUCUGUAGAAGUCUGGGCUACCAAGGCGUUCAAAGCGUGCACAAGGGAGCUCAUUUUGGACAAGGUACUGGUCCAAUAUGGCUGAAUGAAGUAUUUUGUUUUGGGAGAGAAUCAUCCAUCGAAGAAUGUAAAAUCAGGCAAUGGGGUGUGAGAGUCUGCUCACACGCUGAAGAUGCUGGAGUCACUUGCACUUCAUAACGCAUCGUAUUUUCAUUCACUCUUAAAAAAAUCACUGUUCAAAACAUUAUUAUUAUUAUUUUUGAGACAGAGUCUUAUUAUGUCACUCUUGGCAGAGUGCUGUGGCAUCACAGCUCACAGCAACCUCCAACUCUUGGGCUUAAGAGUUUCUCUUGCCUCAGCCUCCCGAGUAGCUGGGACUACAGGCGCCCACCACAACGCCUGGCUAUUUUUAGGUUGCAGUUGUCAUUGUUGUUUAGCUAGCCCGGGUUGGGUUCGAACCCACCAGCCUGGGUGUAUUAGCCAGCACCCUACCAACUGAUUUACGGGUGCCAGGCCCUCCCAAAAUAUUUUUAUUACUUUAUUUUCAAUAAAAUCAGUUUAAUGUGUAUUUAAAAGAUUAAGAAUAUUUUUCAAAGAAUAAGAAUUUUUUUAAAUUACUGGAUAAAUAUAUUGAACGUCGUCUUACUAUAUAUCUACAUUUAAACCAUUUCAACUUCCAUAGGUUGUAAAGUAUAAUUUUCUAAUGGAAUAUAUUGAAAUUCAAGAAGAAAGGAAUGAGUGAGGGAAAAAAGAAGGAAGGAAAGAAAUAAAGGGGAGCUCCAAGGAAUAGAAAAUGUAUUAAUAAUUUCUUCAUUAUAUGCCAAAAAUGGUGAAUUAGAAGGCAGGUUGGUUUGUGAUAUUUUUAAACAUCUUACACUGAAGAACUGGGAUAACAAAUUAAUUGAAAGAAAAGACCCUUGGGCCUAUAGUAAUAUUAGACAAUUAUUUCUAUCUUAAUAUUAAAAUCCCCCACUUCACUUCCUACUUAAAAACAGUCUCAUUCCACAUUGUCCGUACUUAGGAAGCCAAGAAAUCUCAGGGAAACAAAUUUAUCACAAAAAAUUCCCACCAGUUUCUGUGUAUUCAGACAAAAGUUUGGAGAUUUCUACCCCCAAACUUGACUUGUGUUCACAUAUGAACAACAUAACAGCCAUUCCUUAGGCUAAGAGCACCAUUUGUUAAAUUUUUCAUUUUAAACUAACAUGAUACAAUUAGUUAUUACCUUUUGGUCAUCCACAUUGAGUGAAAUCAUACCACAUUGAGAUAAAGCCCAAAUGCGCAAUAUUCUCUAUUUCUGGAUAAUGCAAUUCUACAGAAAAUAAAGUCUUAAACAGUUCACUGCUGUUUGCCAAAUGCCUCCUCCAUGAACAAGGAAAGCAGUGUCUUCUGAGAGAGGCUGGCUGGCAUUUGCGAUGUGGUCAGCGUCCCAGGCAGGAAAGGGAAGACCUAUUUUUCUGUGCUGACCACUUGUGCUUCUUGCUGACAACACUUUCAUUAGGGAGUCACUGAACUUCUAAUCCUCAGCCUCUCGCGGGUAAAGUAGGAAUGAUUCCGUGUGACCUGCCUAAUUCAGGAUGUGACUGUGAAGACCAAAGGUGAAUGUGUAUUACCGACAAGACAAAAAAUAAUUUUCAAGUGCCCAUAAUAUCUACCAGCCUCCCACAUUUGAAGGUAUUAAUGACAGUAAAGAAAUUGAAUUACUACAAACUGGCUUUUGUUUUCCAGACCAUGUCCUUUUCAUUGUGACAUGACUCUGAGACCCCACAUGUCAUAGUUUUAUUAGGUUUCAAAUGUGCUAGUGCUUCAUAAAUUAAAAUAGAACGUUUAUCAUGUCGCUAGAACUGUUAAUUUCCCCAGAUCUCUAAGGAGGGAAAACUGCUGCAUGAAUCAGCUUAGUCUAAUUUAGUGAAGGAAGUGUCUUAUAAACUGAAAAACAAUUUUAAAAAAUCCUCAAAGAACUCAAGCUAGACAUUUCAUUUGAUCCUGCAAUCCAGGCAUCUACCCAAAAGGAAAAAAAAAAAAUCCUUUUAUCAUAAGGACAUUUGCACUAGACUGUCUGUUAUAGCUCUAUUUACAAUUGCCAAACUGGGGAAACAGCCUAAAUGCCCACCAACCCAGGAAUGGAUUAACAAGCUGUGGUAUAUGUACACUAUGGAAUACUAUUCAGCCAUUUAAAAAGAUGGAGACUUUACAUCUUUUGAAUUAAUCUGGAUGGAGGUGGAACACAUUCUUCUUAGAAAAGCAUCACAAGAAUGGAGAAAGAAGAAUUCAAUGUACUCAAUUCUGGUAUGAGGACAAUUGAUGACCAAGUGCAUGAUGGGGGGUGGGAGAAGGGGAGAGAGUGGACAGAAGGAAGGAGGGACAGGUGGGGGUCACAGUGUGUGACACACCUCUUGGAGGUGGGACACAAUUAUGAGAGGGACUUUACCUAACAAUUGCAAUCUGUGUAACCUGGUUUUCCGUACCCUCAAUGAAUCCCCAACAAUAAAAACAAACAAAAAAUAACUCUGCCUAGAUCAAUCUACUUCCUCCUGCUUCCCAGAUCCGGGCCCGUUUAGUUCUCUCUCUUUUCCUCAGUUCUCUCCUAUCUUCACCCUGUUUUUACUUUCUCUUCUUACUCUAGAAAGGCCUGGGGUUGAAUUGAAUAGUUGUUAAGCUAAAUCUGGCCAGUGCUGCAAAAUGCCUGCCAAGGUCUUCAUCCAACCGCUUACUCCCUGGGUCGGUCUGCCAGCAUCUGACACAGCACAGCAUCGUCCGAGUCAGAGGAGGGACAAACUUGGACCCAUCCUCCUAGGACUCCCUUCUGGUGGGAAGGAGAAGAAUGUAGUCUGGCAUGGGGGAGAUUUUUUAAAAGCAGUGCCGUGACGGGAUGAAACUUUAACAAUCAGCAUGGAACACUUAAAGCUGAAAAGAAAACAGUUGCUAGAAAAAGGGAAACUUCAACUCGGUUUUUAGUUGGGUUUAAGAGGCAUCUGAAAACUCCUAAAUCGUGGAAAGGGAAGUGCUAUCUAAUGAUGACCGCAACAAGAAGAAAAGCAGGUUAUCUGCUGGCUUGAGAGAUUGGUGAGACCUAACGCCCUCUUGAUAAGGGGGCUCGGUUCAGCUGAGAGUGCUGCUCCUUAGCAGUGCUCCACAGCGACUCAGAAAGGGCCAUAAAAAUCUGGAUUGAGCCUCCACAGUGCCCCCAUGAGGACGCUCUCUCUGCUUAGCAUUUUUCCAUCUUUCACAUAAGGUAUUCCAAGGUCAACUUUACCUCCCAGUGUCACUGUGGUAAUGAGAUGCUGAUGUGAAAAAUCUGCAUAAGCUGUUCAAUCUGGUAACAUUUCAAUCAGCUUUACUCUUAUUGCUGUCUAGAAAGAGAUGGCCAGAGAGAGGCAGAGGAAACUUGUUUCUGCUUUGCACUUAAAGAGUUGAGUCUGGCUUCAUGUAAUUCUCUACUCAGAAUGAUACCUCAAUAUAGGGCAAAGUUUUAAUACAUGAUAAUAUUAUACAUUUCUUUGUGGAUCUGAUGAAUCAUCUUGGCCUAAUUACCUUGCUUUAUUUUAUAAUUCAUGUCAU